AUGGUUUGGCAAGGAUGCAAUAUUGACGGGAGCGUGAACGAUUCGAACUUCAAUGAGCCGAUGCCAUGGAUCGGCAUCUAUGUUGCAGCAGCGUCUCUGGUGUGCUCCCUCGCGAUGGGUGCAGAUGCUUUCUUGGCCCUCCGUCACAAAAAAUUCUGGUUUCCCUGCAAAUUUUUUUCUCUUAAUGCCACUUCCUUGACCAUAAUAGCUGUGGCGACCAAACUGUCUGUGGAUCUGAAUACUUCCAUGCCUCGCUGCCAGGAUCAGCUCUCCAAACUGAGCAGCACCGUGAUGAUGUGCACGGUAAUGGGUAAUUUUAUGCCUUCAAUAGGGACCAUGGAGAACAAAGAAGUAUUUUCAAAUGUCAUUGCUCUGGGCAUUCUGGUGAUAACCCUGAUGGUAAACGUCUGCAUCCAAAUGGGAACUGGAGUGAUUUAUGUUUACUGGAAAGAACAUGCUGUCGUGAUGUUUAUCAUGCUUGUUUUGCUACUGAUCUUGAGUUUUUCUGCUUUAACUGUUCCAACUACAAAGCAUUAUUUUGAAUUGAAGUACCGCAAAAAAUAUGAAAUAGCUGUGAAAGAAAGUUCCAACGAAACAGACAUACCAGUGUUCAAGAAACUCAGAGAAGACCUAAUGAAAUAUUGGAUCAUGGCCCAUAGCAGCUGCCCCCAGUUUGUGAUAGGGCGCUCCGUGACAUGCACUGCUUCUGGGGCACUCUGUCUCCUGAGUGCUGCAAUUUUAGUGGAAGCAUGGAUUCGAUCUUACCUGAUGCCCUGGUCCUUUAAAUUUUGCAGUGGCGAGUCUGAUUACAAGUGGUCAGUCACUUUAAUUCUCAUUAGUCAGACUGUUGCUGUGGGAGUGGGUACUAUUGGCCCAGCAUUUAGAUGGUUCGUUGCCAUACUUCUCAGAUGUCCAAAGAAAGGGGGAAAAAGCUUCAAAGAUGAGUUCAAAGUGGAGAAAUACUGGGUCCAGAGGCUGGUAGAGUGGAGAGGGUGCCCAAUAGGUUUACCAAUCCAUGGUCGGCAUUGUAGGAAACUUGCCCAUGACACAAGAAACCUACUUGCAGACCUCUGUAUCAGGAUACAGACUGGCAUAGUGCUGGUGAGUAAAGCAGUGAGGCUCGUUUCCAUCUUCUUUAUACGCUUCUUGUUGAUUUUCUCCUGCUGGUUCAUGGAAUUGAGAAGGAAGCUUAAACUGAAUAACAGCAUUUCCAACAAUGAAUCUGGGUCAGAGUCGUUGCAACCCAAUCUGAAGCCGGAUCUCAGCCGUUUUGUUUUGUAUCUUGAAGGAGAGGAAAAUCUGGUUGACCUGAUGGCAAAAAGCAAUUGUAAUGCUACUGAUUGUUGGAUUAGUAUGGGAAGAAAGACUCAACCAAAAUAUCUCAUGCAACUGCUGGAGAAACAUAUGUCCUCACAAGGAUUCAAGGGACUAGAAACAUUUGAUAGUGACAAAGUUCCCUCCCUAGAUUAUAAAAAAGUUCCCAAUUGUUGGGCUCUUCCUGUGGUGAUACUAACCACCAUUGCAGUCUCUCUCCCUAACAUUGAUAAAAGUUCAAUCAAACGUUUGAUGCGGGGUGUAAAUGAAGGCCUCCGUUAUGUCAGGCUCAUAGACCAGAACCUUGAUGACAAAGAAAAACUGAUCAACAUCAGGAAGGCAGCCGACACAGUAUGGCUAGAAGUUGAUCUCUAUCACAAGUGGCUAGGUGUGGAUAUCCGUAAAAUGGCUCUUCAAGCAAAAGGCCCCAAAGAAGUAGUUGAAGAACUUGCUGAUAUUGCAAAGAACAGGAUUAUGGAAUAUAGCCAAAAGACUACGGCUGGAUGUUUAAACGAGACCCCUUCCAAGUUGCCCAUGAAGGUACUGGCUGCCAAUUCCAUGUACAGAAUAGCUCAAACCAUUCUGCUGAAUGACAAGUGGAUAAAUGAGCAGAUGAGUGUGAAAUUAUUUGAAGAGUUAUCGGUUGGGAUCUCUGAUAUACUGGCCGCUUGUCUUACCAACAUACCGCGUGUUAUACACAUGGAGUGCAUUUCCAGCAUAAUUGAAGAAAGGGCGGUGAGGGUGGGCCACGCCAUUUUUACCCUGGGAUUAACUGAAAAGAUUUUGAAACUUCUCGACCAGAAGGCACUUCCCUGUUUGGUUACUAAUAAAAUGACUUGUGUUGAUGACUGGCAUUUGUCAAGCAAGCAGCAUCAGUUGCAUUUUGCUCCAUCAUCAGACUGUGAAACAGAGGCUUUGAAUUCAGGUGAUUUGUGUCUGUCAAUUGACUAG